CGAAAGCGUGCACCCUCCGAUGCACGUCAAGUCUAGUCAAGAACGCGUGCGCUCAUAAACGCGUUUUGCGCAGUGGGAUCUCCGAUCGCGCCGACUGACAGAAGGAAGGGGUCCUAGGACUUUCGCCAACUUGUCCCAGGAACGCUGUUCGUCGCAUUUUCAACCUUCGUCUGCAAGAAUGCUGCGGAAUAUCCACCUUCUGAGUGAGAUACCCAGAUAUCAGCCGCACUUCACUCCCCCAGGGUCUCAAAAUUAUCGUCGUGCCAUCUCAUCAUAUAAGAACACCGCGGUUUUAGACCCUCACAAACACAUUCAUCACCACUGCGACACCCAGAGCUGAAGCAAUACAUAGAACUCGAAAGUAAAAGGAUGUCAUUCAUCCCCGACCCCGAAACAAUCCCUUCAGUUUCCUACCUCCCCUUCCGCUCCGAUAUGGCGCGGUACAUGGUCGCCGAGAUUCGUAACAUCGCGGCAGGCCUAGCAACAACCGGCCUAGCCUCCCACGCCGACAAGAUAGAAUCCGGCCUCAACCGCAUGGGCACCGGCGUCGUUUCGUGCGGCUACUCCAUCCGUGACGGGCUGGCGGCGGUCGGGAUCGGGUUGGGGGUUGGGUUGAGUGUUAUCGGGGCGGGGACAAUUAUCAGGGCGUUGAGGGUGGAGAGAGGGGAGAGGAGAGAGAGCAGGAGGAGGAGGAGGAAAGGUAGGGAUAGAAGGUAUGUGGGGGAGGGGAAGCGACACCGGUAUUGGAGAGAUUCAGAGAGUAGUGGGAGUGUGACGGCGAAUGAGGAGGAUGAUCAUGGGUAUGCAUCGGCUAGGAGGAGGUCGUAGGGAUUGCGAUUGGGAUGGGAAAAGGGGAGAGUGAUAGUUUUGUUCAUUUGUAGCUGGCUACAUGCAGUUUUUGGGGU